GCAUAGCCUACGUGAUUAUGCUACAAAAUAUGUUUUUGUUGUAAAUAAAUUUCCAAUACACAUUUGUUAACAAUAAAAUGGUUCGAAAGGAAUUAGUUCCUGAAGAAAGGCCUAUUUGCAAUGUGGUUGCGGUGUAUCGAGAAAGAGGAAACUACUUACAAAGGAUAGAGCAAUUUGAUAAAGCUAUCCUCGCCUACAAUGAAGCUCUUCGGUGGAACCCGUCGGAUGUCCGGUCCCUGCUCGGAAGAAGUCUGGCUCAAGCUAAAGCGACACAUUACGCUGAUGCACUCGCCGAUGCAGCCAAAGCAGCUGAAAUUGAAACGGAAAAUCAAACAGCACUACACCUGAGAGCUCAGACGAAUUAUGAAAAAUGUGCAUUUGAACGAGCGUUGGUUCUCGCGACUCGAGGACAAAUGCUUCGGAAGUAUCCGCCGAACUUCGCCGAGACUGCCAGAUGCGCUGAGGAAACGAUACGAGAUUGUACCGGAAGGAGUGCUUUUAAGAUACUGUCAUCCAUUAAGAAGUUAUCAGAACGAGUGGAAGUUAAGAAAGAUUCGGUAGAAUUAGCAGCUCCGGGUAUUACGCAACGAGUUCCUAGAUUACAACCACUAAAGGAUCAAGAAGUACAGGAGGUAACCCGUGUAGAAAAGCAAAAAGCCGAGCGUAUUUCUCGCUUAAUGGCCUCGAAAUAUUUAGAGCGAAUGGCUCAUGAUAAAUAUUUCCUCACGGCUUUAUGUAAGGACGAGCGCCUUAGCUCAGCGAACAAAAAGGGAUCGGAGAAAAUGCAGGAGCUAGCGAACAAAGCCUUGACUGAUAUCCAGAAACGUCAAGCAAUUCUCCGCGAACGUCGACCGUUAUACGCCGCUAGAGCAAUAGAAGCUGAUGCUCGUAAGAGAUUGUCUAAAGCUAGGAAGGAAAGAAUUAGAAACGCUCAACUGCAGCACAUUGCUGAUGCGAAACGACUCAUACAGUCUGCCGAGGUUGCAUUUGAGCAACGAGACACAGCUAAAUGUCUAGAGCUAGCCGAAUUUGCAAUGGAACAAAUUAUGAGAAAGCCAGCAGACCUUAUGCCGGGAAAAGAGAAAUUCAUACUGGAAAUACAAAAUAUUGUAGGAAAUGCAUUUUUAGAUCAGAAACGUGUCAAGCAUGAAAUGUGCGAGGCAGACCGUGAAAAAAGAGCAUUCAUAUUACUCGGCAUAUCAAUAUCGAGGGAGCCGAGUCGUGAUUCUAUUUUGAGAACAAGACCUUUCGCGCCUCCUCGCGAUUCCAAACGUCGCUUUCGAACUCUGGAACGUGCUCUAUCGCAAAGUAUGCGUGCUGUUGAAAGAUGCUAUGUACUGCACGAAUUAUCGCGAUUAUACGCGGAUGCCAAGCAAACAUAUAAAGCUAAAUAUUAUGCUUUGAAGUGUCAAUCCGAGUCAAGAUCCGCUAAUCAGCGUGUCUGGUUGCUGAAUGCUUUGUUUCUGUUGGCACGAUGUCAUCUGCUCCAGAAUAACAGACCGGAGGCGAGAGCAACACUGCUGGAAGCGGCUGGCUUAGCCCGUGCCUUUGGCCACAGUGAUGUAGCAGAGUUUUUUGAUACGUGUGUGAACGUGUCACUAGAAGGUGAUGUAGCUUCGACCGAAGCGUUAAUUGAAAAGCGCGAAAAGGCAAUGGUGUCUUUGAUGCAAGACAACGAGAUGCGUCUUGCAGCUGAGCAUCUCUUUAGAAGAAUGUCGGUUAUACCAGCUUCAAGACGAUUUUCGAUAAUGCCCGGUGCUCGUGUUGAAGAGAAUAUUCCACCGACAGCUGCCAGCCGACGAAUAUCGAUCGCACCUCGGACCCAACAACCGACAAGAAUUGCUCAUAAAACUCGUCACCCGCACGGCUUUCAAGAUUUCGAUAACAUUUAAUGUUUUGUUUGUCUUAUUGCAUUCAUAUUUGUAACUUACAAUUAACGAUUUAAAAAAAAUUGUUGUGAUUCUCAUUAUUCUUAAAUAUAUUUGUAAUAACAGUUCCCUCUUAACUGACUGCUAAAUA